CUUUUUGUAUCACCCCAGCAGCGCGAGCCAGCAAGCUUCGUCGCUUUCGUCUUCUUCGUAAUCAGAUUGCAGGGAGCGUAUUCGUUGCAUGGUUUCGGCGGCUUUGGGAUUGCUGAGAACGUCAGCUGCAACGAAGGAUGAUGCGGGAUAGUGACCUACGCCAACGCCCAUAGAGAAGUGCCCUCACUGCACGGCGGGCCUCCGUGCAGCAGCCGAUCGCCAUUUGGUGGAACCGACGGUGCCGGGCGGUGCGACGCGUCACGUGAGUUUCUGGACUCGUAUCGCCCUACAGCUGGGCUGUAGUCGAGCCACGAACCGUUCUACCCAGGUUCCAUGUUUCAAACACUGAUUAACACCUACCUGGAGCAGCGUCUGAGUGCGGUCCUCGUGCGCUGAAAGCAUCGGAGAGUUGCGGUCGCUGGCGGCCUCUCAUUUCGCGUGUUUACGGUAUCGGUGAUUGCAGUGACUGAGGCGAAACCAUGGCGACACGGGUGUUCGUAGGCCGGCUUAACUACGACGUUCGCGAACGUGACUUGGAGCGCUUUUUUCGAGGCUACGGUCGCAUCGAAGACAUCGUUCUCAAAAAUGGCUUCGGGUUCGUGGAUAUCACCGACUACCGCGACGCAGAGGACGCCGUGCGCGAUCUGAACGGCAAGCGGCUCAUGGGCGAACGAGUCACGGUCGAGCUGGCGAGGGGCAUGCGGCGCGGGCCUCCGGACUACGAUCGCGGUUCGCGGCGCUUCGGGCCUCCGACUCGCACAAACUACCAGCUGCUUGUGGAGAACUUGAGCAGCAGUGUGAGUUGGCAGGACUUGAAAGACUUCAUGCGCCAGGCGGGCGACGUGACGUACACGGACGCGCACAAGCUGCGACGCCACCAGGGAGUCGUUGAGUUUGCCAGUUAUUCAGACAUGAAGAACGCUUUGAGAAGUCUCGACAACGUGAGCUUGGACGGACGGAGGAUCCGUCUUGUGGAGACCAAACGCCUGCAACGCCGCUCUAGCCGAUCCAGCUCGCGCUCGAGGUCGCCGCGACGCUCAAGGUCCAACUCGAGACCGCGCCAGUCCUCGGGUCGCCGCAGGUCUUCGUCCGGCUCCGAACGUGCCUCUGCGCGCCGUCGUUCGCGUUCUUCGUCGAGACGCCCGAGCAGCAGCCGCUCGGGCUCCAGGUCGCCACGCCGAGUUAGCAACAAUCGUCGGAGCCGCUCGAAGUCGCCGCGUUCACCGGCAAAGCGCCUCAGCUCACGAUCGUCGUCCAGGGAGCGUCGAGUGGGCCCAGACCAGAAUCGCUCUGAUACCGAUCAACCUGAGGACCGAGCCGACCGCAAAGCUCAAGAAAACAAUAUUGGUCCCUGCGAAGAAGCCAGCAGCUCGCAUUCGCCGUCGGGACACGCCGACUGAAACAGCAACCAUCGCUUCAACAUUGCUCAUUUCGUCGUUCUUAACCGUGAUUCCACUUGGCACCAUUUUCGAGUCAGCGAGAGGUACUACCAGCCUAUUUACACGUGGAACUCUAAUCAUAGUCACUCGUGCGCGAAAAAAAAAAAAAAAAAAAAAAAACUCUCCGUCACCGUUGUAAGAGCUCUUCUCAGGAAGCAGUGUUGGUUGGUUUGUGUUUCUGGUGUGGUUGUGUGGCAAAGAGAGCCACUGCUCGUUAAGUCUUUUUCCUUGGGUUUUGUGGUCAAUAAAGCAACAGCUUUCACCACAUCUUCCAUGUGAAACCGAUGAAAUUGAAAAGGUAAAGGCAUUGUAGCUACAUUGUGUUGCAGCAACUGCAGUGCAUGCAAGCAAUCUGCCGACUGAAAGCCCUUAUCACUCUGCUUGUUGUUGAUUGCUUUGUUGAACAAAUAAAGUUUGAAGUCAUUAUGUACAAGCUGUAA